AAUACCAUUGCUUGCUCGCCCUCUUCUCGUCGUUGCGUCAGCUUCUUCCACAAGCGAUUCGAUCCCGUCUCCAGUUCUCAAUCGCUCCUCCCUCACCUUGAUGGCGAUCGCCGCGGAAUCGCAACAGGAACCGAAGUCUCCUUUGAAGGCUUCAGAAGUGGAGAAACGAUGGACGCUGAAUGAUUUUGAUAUCGGGAAGCCCCUUGGAAGAGGAAAGUUCGGCCAUGUCUACCUGGCCAGGGAAAAGAAGAGUAACCAUAUCGUGGCAUUGAAAGUGCUUUUCAAGAGCCAGCUCAAACAAUCUCAAGUUGAGCAUCAACUGCGGCGUGAAGUUGAGAUACAAAGCCACCUCCGGCAUCCAAACAUAUUACGCCUAUAUGGUUACUUCUAUGAUCAGACUCGAGUUUACUUGAUACUGGAAUAUGCAGCUAAAGGUGAACUCUAUAAGGAACUACAGAAGUCCAAAUGCUUCAGUGAGAGGCGAACUGCUACAUACAUUGCAUCUUUAGCACGAGCUCUGAUAUAUCUCCACGGGAAGCAUGUGAUACAUAGAGAUAUUAAACCAGAGAAUUUAUUGAUUGGACUCCAGGGUGAGCUUAAAAUUGCAGAUUUUGGGUGGUCAGUCCACACAUUUAACCGUAGACAGACCAUGUGUGGAACACUUGAUUACCUCCCCCCUGAAAUGGUGGAAAGCAUUCAACAUGAUGCAAGUGUUGAUAUUUGGAGCUUGGGUAUAUUGUGCUACGAGUUCCUUUAUGGGGUGCCUCCAUUUGAAGCAAAGGAACAUUCUGAUACAUACAGAAGGAUUGUGAAAGUUGAUCUUAAGUUUCCUGCGAAGCCAACUGUUUCUCCUGGUGCACAGGAUCUUAUUAGCCAGAUGCUCGUCAAGGAUUCGACGCAGCGCCUUCCACUUCACAAGCUGCUUGAACAUUCAUGGAUAGUGCAAAAUGCAGAUCCUUCAGGUGUCUAUAGAGGCUGACUGCUUCCUGACGUUAAAUUUCUUCUUGUUUUUGCACCACAAUCCUUGAUUUGUAGAUUAAUUGUAACAGUCAGUGUUGUUCCUUCUUAAAUUCCUUGUUCAUUCACUUCUAUGUUACUGGACUAGUGUCAGAUCUCACCUCUGGUUAUUGGAUUUAUGACGAAUGUUAAAUCUCCAGUCUUCACUUUGUUAA